AAAUGUUUGCUGCCUAGUGCGAUCGAUUUUUUCUAUAAUUUAUCUAUUAUUUUUUAAUUUAGCCCUUAGUGUGUAACGUUUAGGCGGACGAUAGAUGCAUUUAGUACAUUUAAGAUAAUGUAGGUUAAACAGGUGAUCUGGUUAACAUAAAGUAAACAAAGAGUCCAAGAAAGCUGAAUCUGAACUUUAGAUACCUCAUUUAUAAGAAGUGAUCAGUAGUUUUACCAGCAAGUGUGAGUUUUUUCAUUGUUGUUUGUUCCAGUGAGGAUUAUGAAGGUGCCGAGAGGAAGAUGAUGCAUGGAUCGAUCCAUAUGACAUGCUCAACUACGACCCAACGACAAAGCGCAUGAGAAAACCCACAGAGUCUGCCAGUUACCAAAAUGUGCCAACCAAGAGAAGGGGAUACAGCUCAGAGUCCUGCGAUGUGCCCCAGUCUGAUGCAUCUGAGUGCAUCAAUAAACUAGAGGUUUUGCAGAAAGAGUUAGAUGAACACAAAAAGAAGGGGACCGCCACCUCUUCAAAGCCAGUAUGUCUUCCAGUAUUCAAGCGAUUCCUUUCCAAGCUCCUUAAAGAAACUUCAAAACUUGGUCUGCCUGAUGAUGAAACAACAGCCAUGCACUAUGACGCUGAGGUGAAGCUGUCCAAGCAAUCACUGGCAGAGAUCCAGAAGCUUUUGAAUGAACAGAACGAUUGGACCACUGGAGCCAUGGAUGAGGCUCUCAGUCAAAUUCUGGUCAAGUUCAAACACCACAACCACGAAGCCUGGAAGUGGCGUUUUGAAGACACUUUUCAUGUGGAGGUUGAUACGGUCCUGAAGGUUUUUUUGAUUGUCCUGAUUGUCGUAGCCAUUAUCUGCACUGAACUCUGGUUUGUGGUGUCCUGGAUGGUCCAGUUCAGGAGAAUGUUUGCUGUUUGCUUUUUUAUUAGCUUGAUCUGGAACUGGUUCCAUCUUUAUAUGCUUGCCUUUGCAGACCACAAGAAGAAGAUUGUGGAAGUGGAGAGCUUCAAUGGCCAAUGCACUGGGCUAAGUCAACUGGAUUGGAAGGACAGUUUAUCAGCGUGGUACAGACGGACAUGGACUCUUCAAGAUGAUCCUUGCAAAAGAUAUUACGAGGUCCUAGUGGUGAACCCCAUUUUGCUUGUGCCUCCAACAAAGGCUAUCACAGUCACCAUAGCCAGCUUCAUCACAGAUCCCUUGAAGCAAAUUGGGGAGGGCAUCAGUGAGUUCCUCAGAGCGCUGCUGAAGGAUCUACCAGUUACCCUCCAGAUACCUGUGCUGCUUACCAUUACAGCAGCCAUCUGUGUGUUUAUGUAUGGAAGUGCUCAGGCAGCUGUAUAUCAAGCAGUACGUUUGCCCCGGCUCGGCUGGAGACAGGACCCGCCACCUCCUGCAGUAGGACAGCGCCAAGCUCCUCAAUUAAGGGAGCAUGAGGAUGUCUGGGAGGGGGGAGACGCCCCACAGCCACUACAAAUACGCCAGGGCAAUGGGAACAGGGUGAAUCAAGCAGGAAACAGAGGUGACCAGGUCUUCAGGGCAGGAGAUGCUAAUGCUCCACAAAAUAGACAGGUGGACAGAAGCAUGGAACUCCAACAGGAAUUUGCAGAAACACCCAGAGGAACCCAGAGGGUCAGAGUAGAGACUGUGCAUCCUGCAGGUAACAUGUCCAGUGAUGAUGAGACUGAUUUUCAGCUGCGGACACAGGAGGUGGACCCUGGUACAAAGGAAAAUGCAGAGCCUGAAGUGAAAGUUGAGGAAAAGGAGAAAAAUGCAUCUACUGUAGACAAAAAGGAGCAGAAAGACACACAGAGUCCAGAUGGAAGUGAGCCUGUAACCAAUGUGCCUCCUCCUCAGAUAGAUGUGAAAACACUUGGAGCUAAUCAAGGGAAUGAGCACUUCAUGUGCACUAAAAGGAUAUGGGCUGCUCGAAAUGACCUCAAGCUGCAGGGGGCAUCAGCAGAUGUUGCAGCUGGAGAGGAAGUUUAUUCAAGCUUUAGGAAACCAGUCCAAGAAUCAGGGCUAUAAAAUUCUCAUAACUGUUUUUGUAUCAACAAAGUUGUUUUUUGUCCUUUUUUUUUCUUAAUUUUUUUAAUUAAAUUUUGGGACAAUGGAUUUAAACAGUGUAGUUUUUUUUUUUUUUAUUAUAAUAAAUAUGUCCCUUAUUUGUGCCAAUUGUAUCACUGGAUUUGGACAUUAUACUGACAUCUACUGCCCCGAAUGUAUGAAAUGUUCGCUAUCUGCUGCUGUUUCACACUAAAACUUUUAUUUUGUUUUGUUUUUUUACUGUUGUUCUCCAUCUCACACAUUCAUAAUGAACAUUCUUGGAUGAUGAACAUUAAAUCUCAAUGAGUUUUUGCUCGUUGUAGGUGGUUUCAGCUGUUACGAUUUCUUUCAUCACCUCCAGCAGAGAAUGAACACUUUAUACUUAUUUAAUGA